GCGCUCGCGGAACCGACUGGCGCGACAGCAGCUCAGUAGCCACCGGACAGCGAUCAUGCCAACAAGCUGCUUUGCGCCAUCAUCAUGCCGUCUCUGAACCGAUUGAUUUUGUUGGCGAUUGCGUCGGUAGCGUUGGCCGUCUCCGUGGUCAGCGCAACAUUGACGCCCAAAGCGCCAAACUUUCAAUACUUCGAAAGACCAAAGUAUAGAUAUCCGUACUACGACGAACAUGGUCGCGGCCGGCUUUUGUACGGAUACGGUGGACAGGACCUGUACCAAUACAAGUCCUAUUCGCCCUUGGAGGGCAUUCACUGACGACCGAAGAAAAUAAACUUAUCACCGCACCGUCACUGUCCUUUUCCAGCCGUAUACAGCCAUGGCAUCGUGAUGGCGGUCUUUUCGUUUCACUCGCUGUUCAGACGUGUCCCAGUAGUAGUGUUUUCGGUGUUUUAACAAUAAGCGUGUAAUUUUUUUGAAUACACAAUAUCAUUAGAUAAUAUGAUAGUGUUUUAUUUUUAAAUAAUAAAAAAACAAGUUUAAAAAAAAACCCCUUUAAAUUUAAUUUAAUAAUAAUAAUGUCGGUUUAUAUAAAAUUAGAAUAUUAUAAAACUAAGAGAAAUCCUCUGACGAGGCUCGCUGGUGGUUCGAAUGUUACCAAAAACUGGCAGCGGACGCGUUUGCAUUCUUUUACGAAUUUGAUAUUAAUAUGUUUUUUUUUUAAAUCGAUGGAGAGUUGUGAAAAAAUAAAAAUACUAACGCCUACAUCGGUUCUAGAAAUUCGUAAACGAAUAGCCCAUUAGAAAAAAUAACGGUCUGCCGUCCGGUUGU